CUCCCCCUACUAUAACCUCAUGCUUGGAUGAAACAUUAAUGAAAUAAACCAAAGAAAAGGCAUAGGGGGAGAAAGUGUGAGAGAGAAAAAAAAAAAAAAAAGUCUCUUCAUACUUUUUAGGGAAUUGAUCCAUCGGUACAAGACAUUAAAUUCAAGAAAUAUUCAAGAACAAAUUUGGCUCCAAUGAAUUCAAACAAUUGGCUAUCGUUCCCUCUAUCUCCCACUCAUUCUUCUUUACCUCCCCAUCUACACACAGCUCAAUCUCAUCAUUUUUCAUUAGGGUUAGUAAAUGAGACCAUUGACAAUCCCUUCCAAAAUCAAGAAUGGAACUUAAUAAACACACGAGGAAGUGAUGAAGUUCCAAAGGUGGCUGAUUUUCUUGGAAUGAACAAAUCUGAAAACCAAUCUGAAUUAGUCCCUUACAAUGAAAUCCAAGGAAAUGAUUCAGAUUAUCUCUUUCAAAACAACAGCCUUAUGCCAAUGCAAAAUGCUUUAGCUGCUGCUCCUACAAGCAACUUUGAUCUUCAAGAAAAUGCUUGUAAUAUUCAGUCUUUGACAUUAUCUAUGGGGAGUGGAAAAGGUUUAACUAGUGAAACAAGCGCUAGUCCAAGUGCCACUGCUACUGCAAGUGCGAGAGCUGAAAAUAGUAAUACUAGUAUUGUUGAAGCUGCACCUAGAAGGUCUUUAGAUACUUUUGGCCAAAGAACUUCAAUUUACAGAGGUGUAACUAGACAUAGAUGGACAGGAAGGUAUGAAGCACAUCUAUGGGAUAAUAGCUGUAGGAGGGAAGGCCAAUCAAGGAAGGGUCGUCAAGUGUAUUUGGGAGGGUAUGAUAAGGAGGAGAAAGCAGCUAGGGCUUAUGAUCUUGCUGCAUUGAAAUACUGGGGAACAUCUACCACUACAAAUUUCCCAAUUAGCAACUAUGAGAAGGAAUUGGAAGACAUGAAGCAUAUGACAAGGCAAGAAUUUGUUGCUGCAAUUAGAAGGAAGAGUAGUGGCUUCUCCAGGGGUGCAUCCAUGUAUCGUGGUGUUACAAGGCACCAUCAGCAUGGCAGAUGGCAAGCAAGGAUAGGAAGAGUUGCUGGAAACAAAGAUCUCUACUUGGGAACUUUCACUACUGAGGAGGAAGCAGCAGAAGCAUAUGACAUAGCAGCAAUAAAAUUCAGAGGCUUAAAUGCAGUGACAAAUUUCGAUAUGAAUCGUUAUGAUGUAAAAGCCAUACUGGAAAGCAACACUCUCCCAAUUGGAGGAGGAGCAGCAAAAAGGCUAAAAGAAGCACAAGCUCUUGAAUCUUCAAGAAAAAGAGAUCAAGAAAUGAUGGCUCUAAACACAAGUUUUCAAUAUGGAAACUCAAGUUCUUCAAACCCUUUACAAGCAUAUCCUUUAAUGCAACAACCCUUUGAUUCUCAACCCUUGUUGACUCUCCAAAACCAAGAUAUUUCACAGUACAAUAUUCAAGAUUCGUCCUCCCAUUUUCACCAGAGUUAUCUCCAAACACAACUUCAACUUCAGAAUAAUUCUCAUCAAGUACUCUACAACAAUUAUCUCCAGAGUAAUCCAGUUUUCAUGCAUGGGCUAAUGAACAAUGAAGGAAGUUCUAGUGGAAGUUAUGGUACUGGAGGGUAUUUUGGUAAUUCUACUGGACUUGGUGGAAUAAGUUCAAAUUCAACUUCAGCUAAUGGAGGAGGAGGAAAUGCUCAUGAGGAAGUUGCACUUGUGAAAGUUGAUUAUGAUAACAUGCCAGUUUCUGGAAGUUACAAUGGUUGGUCAGGAGAUUCAGUUCAAGGAUCAAAUCCUGGUGUUUUCUCAAUGUGGAAUGAUUGAGAAAAUAAGUAACAAGAGGUGGAUCAAAAAAUAUUUUGAGAGAUUGGUGUUAACAUAGAUGAUGUUAAUUUCAUAUUUUAUUUGUUGAUGA